AUGUAUUAUCUCUAUGGACAAGUGAGAGACAUUGAAGUUGAUCUUUGUGGGGGGUUGUAUGAGAAUGAUUAUAAGAGUUGGUUCCGUCAGAGGAUUUUGACUUCAGAUAAGGAGCAGAUGGUUCUCAGAAGAGUUAAGCAUUUGGAUAGAGUUCUUGAGUUGUUUAAAUCGAUGUGGGAAACUGCUGGGAUGAAAGGUGUUCUUGAGAUGGAAGGUCAUCUUUUUGCGGAUAGAAUGGUCACGUAUAGUGGGAACUUGUUCUUCGUACAAGGGAUUUGCUUUUUACGAUGA